CUCGUGUUUUAUGGGAAAGUGUCAAGUGUAUCUCGCAAGUCGAUCGUUCGGCGAGAAAAUGCAAAGUGCGCGUAAAACAGCCUACAAUCGCAGUGAUCAGCGAUAAUUUAAUGUUCGUUUUUCAAGUUGAUGAAACGAAAUUGCUAUCAAUUGAUAUUAUUCUUGUUCUUAUAACAUUAAAAUCGCCUGAAAAUAUUGAUUGGAAAGUCUAAAUUAUACAAAGAAAAAUAUACAGUUAAUUUUGAAUUUAAAGGCAUUAUAUAUGAAAUUUUUUUAACUAAGCUUAUAAAAAAUGGCACUGUAGCAAUAUAAAAUACAACUAUUCAUAGUUAUAUAAAAUGACUGCACAGCAAACAAAUUAAUCUGGUUUUGAAUGCUAUUUUAAAUCAUCUAAACCAGAAAAAUAUUUAUAUCUUUGAAAUCGAAUUAAUUCAAUUAUAAAUGAAAAUUUUAAGAAAACUUUGGUGCUCUUAUAACAAAAUAGAUAGUUCUUAAUUAAAUAGGAGAAACAAGAGGUAUUUCUGUGGGUUACACAAAACAUAUAACGGUACUGACAUAAUUUGCCGUUUUUAUUUGCGGCUUGCAUUAGGUUGCUUAGGAUAUUUUUCAGGCAGCACGGCGCGACCAUUUCAGAAACGGAAAUUGGUGUAAAUUGCCAUGAAGUCCAGGAACGAUUUUUACACCCUAAUUGCACGAGUUUUUAGAAAACAAGUUCGACCUGUCCGUGGUCGUUGCUGCAAGAAUUUCGAUUCUCAUUCGGCCUCAAAAAAUGUGGAAAACGGAAUAUCAGCGAUACAAAAAUCAUAUGAAAUGGUAGCUUCUUCUAGCGCUGUUCAUGAGAUGCCUGUAGAUCCAGUUAAUUCUUUUCUGGGGAUGAUUCGAUAUCUGUUUGCAUCUCGUUUGGGAACAAAGCUUCACGAAUAUGUUGAUCAACGACAUAAAGAUCUGGGGCCCAUAUACAGGAGUCAUGCAGGUUCUACCUCAGCAGUAUUCAUCAAUUCUCCUGAGGAAUAUCGCAAGAUUUUCUUCCAGUUAGAAGGACCAACACCAAAGCACUUUAUACCUGAAGCGUGGAUUAUUUACAAUAAAGAACAUUCAAAAAAUUCCCGUGGUCUCUUUUUCAUGGAAGGAGAAGAAUGGCUGCAUUUUCGAAGAAUACUGAACAAACUUCUGCUCAAAGUUAAUUCUAUCGAUUUUAUGAUAGAGCCCUGUGGUAAAGUGGCAAAGGAUCUGGCAACAACUAUGCUAUCUUUUGCUAAAGCGGAAAUGGCCGUCCCAAAUUUGAAGCUUCAAAUCUAUGAUUAUUCUCUUCAAGCGAUACUGGCGACUCUCAUAGGUUCUACUUGGAUCACACAUAAAACACAGAUACUGAGGGAGGCCGAUGAUCUGGCCGUCUUUAUGUAUAAAAUAUUCAAGUAUUCUAGUCGGCUGAACGUCAUAUCUGCAAAAAAGGCAAAGGAAGCCAAUUUCCUGUGGUGGAAUCAGUUUUCUAGAACCUUGGAUGAUGUUUUGAAAAAAGUGAUGAACGUGUUAUUGCUAAUGACACGUCUUGACGGUGAUGGACUUCUUAAAAACAUGAUAGAUGCUGGUAUAAAAAAUGAGGACCUUAUUAGAAUUGUUGCAGAUUUAAUUAUAGCAGCGGGUGAUACAACGACUUCAUCCACUCAAUGGGCACUGUAUUUACUGAGUAUCCAUCCGGAAAUCCAGGAACGACUUCACGAAAAUGUUAAGGAUAAAAAGCAUAAGCAAGCACUUCUUGAUCCUUUGACCAUCGGCAUCUUGAAAGAGACUCUAAGACUAUACCCAACGGCUCCAUUCCUUACUCGAUAUAUACCCGUAGAUGCUCAGAUUGGAGGGUAUCAAGUUUCCAAAGAGAUGAAUUUGGCACUAUUCCUCUUGUUACUACUGAGUGCAGUCGAAGCGGAAGUCAGUACGAAUGAUCUGGAUGGAGUAAUUAUCUAUUCAGAAGAGUUGGGACAAGCUAAUCUGUAUCACGAAUCUUGGAACUUCAUACUUGGGGAAAUUUUGCUUAUGAGUUUGUACUCCAGUGGACGGGAUCCCACAAAUUUUAUCAAACCUGAUCAAUUUCAACCUGAGCGGUGGACGCGACUAGAAAAUGGGAGCUAUAAAGGCGUACUCCAUCCAGCUGCCACAAUACCUUUCGCUAUUGGACUUAGAAGUUGCAUAGGUAAAAAGUUGGCGGAAGUCAAAAUAAAUUUGGCUUUAAUAGAGCACGUCUACCAACAACACCUGAGAGGCGCUAAAGUGCGAGAAUUUCUAAAUUGUGAGCUAAAGGCUAUAAUGACCGAUCAACUAGUCUGUCUGGACCGUUUAGCGUUACUGACUACAAGAUUGAAAUCCAGGAGGUUCUUCGGACAACAAAGCUAAGAUACAGAAACUCAAGCAAGCAACUUAAAACUUCAGAAGUCGAGGAAAAUCAACAUGAGAUAUCUGAGAGUGAGAAGAAAGAAGAGAUCGUAGAUGAUGUCGAAGUAGAUAGUGAAACUUCAGCAAUAUAAUUAUAUUUUAUCAUACGCAUAGUUACGACAUCUUCACGAAAUCCUAUGUACAUGUUUUUUCGGUGGCUUUGUGAUAUCGAAAACACAUCGUCAGAUCAUACGACUUAUUUACGAUAUCGUAAAGACACCUUAACGGCAUGAACAUAUGAUGUCGUAACGAUGUCGUAAAGACGUCGCCAAACUUUGUACUUUGACAUUUGAAUAUCGCAGAAACGUCCCAGGGAUAUUCCCGGGAUACCCUUAUUUCCGCCUUGCGGGAUAUCCGACAGGUUAUCCCUGGAAUAAUUGUUGUUAAAAAUAACAAUAAUGGAAGGUUCUCCUUAGGUCCCAGUGGAACGUUCCCAAGCGGCGGACAUUUUACACGCUUAGGGAACGUUCCCGCGAAACGUUCCGUGCUAUUAGGGAAGUGACAAAAAUUAAUCCUUGCAGAAGCAAAAGACCCUAUAUACGUAACAAAUCAAGUUGUAUAACUUAUUGUAAGGUAAAAAAAAACAUUAAAAAUAUUAUUGAAGUAAUUUCUUAAAAUGGAAUGGGAUACGAUCUAAUGCAACUGGAUGGACGA